AUGGCUGGAAACUCCAAUGUUGGCACUAGGACCAUCUAUGAAAGCAAUGAGCAGCGUAACUUUUCUCGAUCUGAGGUUGAAAAUGCCCGUCGGAACAGAGACAACCCCCCUGACUCAAACCGACGGGGCAGCGCACACGAAAAAGAACAGAAGUCAAGGGGGAAACACUCACCCACUGAUAAAGAGCUGGCGAAAUUAGACCCUACUGCACCGGCUAGGAUGCAUGGCCACCAGCCAUCUCGUGGUGCACAGGUCGAUGCUGAGCUGAAGAGGGAGGAUGAGGAAAGGAUUAGACAAAAGCAAGGCUUAUAA